GCAAGAGGACGACUCUUGAAGAAUCCGCUCUCCGCUGGGUGCACAACCGGAAUCAUGUCGAGUUUGGCGGUGAGAGACCCGGCAAUGGAUCGAUCACUGCGUUCCGUGUUCGUGGGGAACAUUCCGUAUGAGGCGACUGAGGAGCAGUUAAAGGACAUUUUCUCGGAGGUUGGUUCUGUUGUCAGUUUCCGGCUGGUGUACGAUAGAGAAACGGGAAAACCCAAGGGUUAUGGCUUCUGCGAGUACCAAGACCAGGAGACCGCGCUUAGUGCCAUGCGGAACCUCAAUGGGCGGGAGUUCAGUGGGAGAGCGCUUCGGGUGGACAAUGCUGCCAGUGAAAAGAAUAAGGAGGAGCUAAAAAGCCUUGGGCCUGCAGCGCCCAUUAUUGACUCACCCUAUGGGGACCCCAUCGACCCGGAAGAUGCGCCGGAGUCGAUUACCCGAGCAGUCGCCAGUCUCCCCCCAGAGCAGAUGUUUGAGCUGAUGAAGCAGAUGAAGCUCUGUGUUCAAAACAGUCACCAGGAAGCCCGAAACAUGUUACUUCAAAACCCGCAACUGGCUUACGCGCUGUUGCAAGCACAAGUAGUAAUGAGGAUCAUGGAUCCAGAGAUUGCUCUGAAAAUUCUGCAUCGCAAGAUUCAUGUCACACCACUGAUCCCAGGCAAAUCCCAGUCGGUCUCCGGCCCUGGUCCUGGGCCGGGGCCGGGGCCUGUUCCUGGGCCUGGGCCUGGGAUCUGCCCAGGACCUAAUGUUCUGCUGAACCAGCAGAAUCCUCCAGCCUCUCAGCCUCAGCAUUUGACUAGAAGACCUGUGAAGGAUAUUCCUCCUCUGAUGCAGACUCCUAUACAGGGUGGAAUUCCAGCUCCGGGGCCAAUACCAGCUGCAGUUCCCGGGCCUGGGCCUGGUUCCUUAACUCCUGGGGGAGCAAUGCAGCCCCAAGUUGGAAUGCCAGGGGUUGGCCCAGUGCCUUUAGAGCGUGGACAAGUGCAGAUGUCAGAUCCUAGAGCUCCUAUACCUCGUGGACCCAUGACUGCUGGUGGCCUACCUCCUCGGGGACUGUUAGGAGAUGCUCCAAAUGACCCACGUGGAGGGACUUUGCUUUCAGUCACUGGAGAAGAGCCCAGAGGUUUUCUGGGCCCACCCCAUCAGGGUCCCCCAAUGCACCAUGCCGCUGGUCAUGACAGCCGUGGCCCUUCCUCACAUGAGAUGAGGGGAGGGCCAUUAGCAGAUCCCAGACUGCUAAUUGGAGAGCCCAGAGGCCCCAUGAUAGAUCAAAGGGGUCUUCCUAUGGAUGGCAGAGGUAGUAGAGAUUCUCGGAUGGAGACUCGAGCCAUGGAAACUGAGGUCCUAGAGGCACGAGUAAUGGAGAGAAGAGGAAUGGAAACCUGUGCAAUGGAAACCAGAGGGAUGGAAGCAAGAGGCAUGGAUGCAAGAGGACUGGAGAUGAGGGGCCCUGGUCCCAGUUCAAGAGGCCCUAUGACCGGUGGAAUCCAGGGCCCUGGUCCCAUUAAUAUAGGGGCAGGUGGCCCUCAGGGACCCAGACAGGUCCCAAGCAUUUCAGGGGUGGGGAAUCCUGGAGCUGGCAUUCAAGGGGCAGGUAUACAAGGAGCAGGCAUGCAGGGGGCAGGUGUACAAGGAGGAGGAAUGCAGGGGACAGGCAUACAGGGAGUGGGCAUACAAGGAGCAGGCAUGCAGGGGGCAAGCAAGCAAGGUGGAGGCCAGCCUAGUGGUUUUAGUCCUGGGCAGAGCCAGGUAACUCCACAGGAUCAAGAAAAGGCAGCUUUGAUCAUGCAGGUUCUUCAACUGACUGCAGAUCAGAUUGCCAUGCUGCCUCCUGAGCAAAGGCAGAGCAUCCUGAUUUUAAAGGAACAAAUCCAGAAAUCAACUGGAGCUUCUUGAAGGUUUAGAAAAUACUUGGCUGUAGUCUCAGAAAGUUUAUUCUGUAGCAUGGAGAAUGGGUGCAAAAAGCUGACUUCUGUACACUUGAAUGAUUAGUGUUUCCCUCUUCCUAGAAUCUAAUUUCAUUUUUUCUUGUCCUUUUAUUUCUUUCUGUUUCCUUUUUAUUUUUAAUUGAGGGUAGGGGAUGAAGGAAUGGGUUUGUUCAUUUUAUGUUACUGUGCAUAUAUACAAAAAUAAUUCUGAACAUGAUUAUAUCAAAUAAGAUUACAAAGACUAUGCAGCAAUAUUAAAGUGUCUACAAUAUGUUAACUACAUUUUUAAAAUAUUAAGUAAAACUAUGUGAAAACUGCAUAGAAAGACUAAAAGGUGACCUGUUAAAAUGGUAGUGUACUAAGAUAGUUUAAGAUUUUUGGUUGUGUAAUAAAAUAAAGUUUACCUCAAAAUUAUAAGAUAUAUUUUUUGGUAAGCUGUUUAAAAUACAAAGAUUCCAUUUUGGGGGCAAUAGAAUGCUGUAUUAGGUUAAGUGUUUAGUGUUUGGGAAUUAUUUUGAAAUGUUAGAGGUAAACUUGUGAUAUUGGAAUUACUUGUUCUAAAUCUGUGUUAUCUGAAAAAUCAAGGAAUGCACCUGGUUUGUUGUUGCUUCAUUUUUCCCAUUCUUCAGAGACCAGCAAUAUUCUGGUCAGUACCUGAGUGUGAUGAUUUUGCUGGGACACUUCUAACAUCAACUAGGUUACUUAAGUAUGCUCUGAUUAGACCCAGUAAUCUCUCAGUACCUUCCCAUUUCUCAUUAGUCUUUAUGCCCUAAAUCUGAAUCUGAGUAAUUUUCUCACAUGCUUCCAAGAAAUCAGUGUGUAGGGACCAGCUGAUUGGAUGAGCUAUACAGAGUAUUUGGGCUUUUCAUAAAUAGUGAAAGGUUUCAUUCAGUAAAGUUUCCUAUGAAGUUUUCUGGCAACUAGCUUCCAUAUGCAGAGGAUGUACAUAUGGUCAGCCAGAAAAAGGAGUUAAAAAUCUUAGUCUCAAUAACAUUUAACAUGACUUUUAUUUUAUUAUUAUUUUUUAUUUCAUAAUGUACUUUUUUUUUUCAUCAUUUACCAUCUUAUCAGAAUAAUUGAGGUUCUGGUAGGUAGAGGUAUUCUAAUGGCCUGAAUUCUCUACUCAGUUGAAUUAUUACUCACUUUACUUUUUACAAGUAAUAAAACCAUUUAGUCCUAAUAUAUAUACUCAUGAGACAAAUUUAAAAAUCAGUAGGAAGGUAGGGGUUAUCACAUUUCCUUUAUAGCUGCUACUUAAUUAUUUGUAAGCCUUGAGAAUAUAGACACAAACAUUUUUAUUGCAGACCAAGAAGUAUUAUGUGUAUUAACAGACACAUAAACUCCCAAGUAACCGGGUAAUCUCACUCUGGAGAAGAGAAACCAAUAUCUAGUUACAGAGGCAAAAAUAUUUACCACAAGGAGAGAGGUGUGACUUAUUGAGUUAUUUUCCCUUUGCAAAGAUUUUCCAUUUUAAAUGGGUAAUUCACUCUCUUUUUACAAAGGUUUUAUCCCUUUGCUCUUGUUUACUACUCCUGUUUUGUUCUUGUUCAUAAUGUUAACUUUCUCAUAUUUUCUAUAUGCUUCCCCUAUAUUGUAGAAGAUAACUCCCCAUUACAUGUGUGAUAGUUCAGGUUAAUACUAAGCCACGGAGUUGGCGUGAUUACUUUGAAAUUCUGGUUGCUUUAUCCCAAAGCUUCACUGAAGGGCUCUAACCGUGAAAACUAUAAAAUGUUAUGGUCUUUGUUGCAGUAAAAUGUCUGCAUUGUUUAAUGCAGACUAAAUAAAAAGAAUA